AACCGAGUCACUGAUAUCCGUUUCUAUGUUUCCAGUAAAGCUUUAAAUCUUAUCUUAUCAAGGUUUGGUUAAAGCACAGGGUCUGCCUUUGCUAAACGGCUUAAAAAUGGGGAGCACAGGAGCAUGUUGCGCAAAGCUAUUUCUUGGAAUAUUAAAUACACUAUUUCUGCUCAUUGGACUGGCACUGAUCGCCGCCGGGUCUCUGGUUGUCGUGGGAUCUGAUUUCAUAGCCUCGGCGCUUAAAGCCUUUGAGGGAAUUCCCGCGAUAUCCAACGUAGUCAGUGGUCUGGCAUGGGCCCUGAUCGGACUGGGAAUAUUCCUAGUCGUUAUGGGGGUGCUAGGAGGAUGCGGUGCUUGUUGUAGUAUCAAAGUCUUCCUGAUUGGCUAUGUGGUCGUCAUGAUCAUCCUCAUUGUGGCUGAGAUCACGUUCGUCGCACUUUUGUUUUCAGACACGCUCAAAAACUUGCUGUCAGAUCCCCUGACCAAGGAGAUAAAGAAGUACCAGCCAAUCCUUGAUUCCGGUGGUAAUUUCAACACAGAUCCGCAAAGCAGAGCUAUGGAUCUCCUAUUUAUAAAUAUGCAGUGCUGUGGAUGGAAUGAUUACAAUGAUUUACCAAGUGUGCCGCAGUCCUGUUGUAAAGGUUUCUCGGAAGACAUCCUGAACGCAGCCAAUCCCUCGUCAAUAAAUGCCCAUACUUGUACAAAAUUAACACCUACAUUUUUCAACAGAGGGUGCUACAAGGCUGUGAUAGACCUGAUCGAGGACAAUAAACCCAUGACCAUAGGAAUCCUGGUGGGGCUGUUUGUGUUUCAGAUUCUAUGCAUUGUGUUUGCGAUAUGGAUUGUGAAGGACAGUUCCAAAAUCAACCCUGUCGAUUAACCUAGACACGUGGUGUCGCCUUGAUUAGAUAAAUACCGUUUAUUAUUUCUCAUGAUCAAAAUACGGAAAUGAAGAGAAAAGUUAGUGUUGACGUGAUAGUCUAAACAACACAGUAUCGUUAUUCAGAACAGUGGUUUCGAUGCAUCCCAAUCACCUCUUUAUCAUGCAAUGACAAAUGACACUGUAGACUUUCAAGAACUCUGAACAUUUCUUUUAAAAAUUUGAGUGUUUUUAUCUAUUCUUGAUAUACGUAUGAUCAUUUUCAUAAAAUAAUGCAUUUGCAUGUUUUUGUUCUCAAAUGCUUGAAUAUAUUUUAUCGUUUAUUGCGAUUCGGGGGGUUACACUUGAUGGAAUUUUAAACAAUUGAAAUCACAUGAAGUCAAACUAGAACGUGAAUGGUCUAUUGUUUUACUGUUCAGAAUUGUUCAUUUUUCGACAAACACAAUUUAUAUUUUUUCAUUCCAAUAUUACACAUUUGUUUUGGUUAGAUUUAAGUGCUAGCUGAUCACUUAGAGCAAUGCGUUUUACAAUGUAAAGUGUCCUCGUGUUUUACCUAUUCACGGAUUACUUCUCUUGGCUGGGGAAAUAUUUUGAUAACUAAUUACACGAAUAUUCAUUUCUAACUGAAAAAGGAAAAUGAAAGCAGUUUUGUUUCUCAAUAGACAACACAAUUCAUUAUUUUCAGUAAAUUAUUUGUAACUAGAAAUAUGUAUCUUUUUUAAAAUAAAUUAAGUCAAAAUUGCAAUUACGAGACAUGAAAGACUUUCUUUUAACGCCCUCAUCAUCCGUCCGUUACUUUUUGAAAUAUUGCCAGCUAAAUAUACCGUACGUCGUGCAAUUAUUUAAAUUGAAUGGUUUGGGGUUUUUUUUUUCAUUUAUACAUUGAUAAAAGCUUUAAAUACUUAUCUUUGACUGUUUUCUUUUGUGCCAAUUUCUUUUCAUUAUGUUGUGUUUUAUCGAUCAUUAAACCGCUUUGAAUAAAAAAUAUGGUAACUCCAA